UCUUCAAUCGUUAGAAUUUACUAUUCUUAUUUGUAAAAGACAGCAUCUGUACAUGAAUUAUAUCAAGCAAUUAAAAAUAACAAAGUAGAAAAACUGGACAAUCCAUAGAUAGUGGUGAUAACUGCUCAUAAGGUUUAAAAUUUAUCAAAUGUUGGGUUUCAAAUACUCACACUUUAUACACCUGCUUUCAAAAAUAUGCAAAUCUAAGUCUAUGAUGAUGUGUACGAUUAUGGACAAUUUGUAAAAGAUUAAUUUAUUCAUAUCAUAGGUAUGACUAUUAAAAUAGGCAUAGAUAGUUAUCCGACGUUUUCAUCAUCAGCAACAAUCAGUUUAUAUUAAAUUUAUAACGAUGUCCUAAUCUAAGACGCAGAAUUAAACGAUUUCAGGAGGUGUUGUAAAGAUGACGCCCUUAGAGAACCUCUCAAAUUAAACAUAUAAGAGAGCCUAUUAUCAGAUUUCUUGAGUCUUUCUUCAUCCCUUAUGCUUGUUAGUGCAAAUACACUCAGACCCCUCAAUAUCCCAACCAAGCUGUUGCCUUGUGGAGGUCAAGAAUAGCAAGUAAUGAGAUAUUACAAGAAAUUUUAUUCAAUUAGCUGAUUUAUAUUACAACAUUAGA